CUUGCCUCCUUCUCGUCCAACUCACACACACUGUCAGAGCGCGGCGUUGACAACCUCUGUCCACUUUAGCCGUUGCGAGGCAGCCUGCUCUUUCCUCAGCUGAAGCUCUCAUUGACUCGGUUCUGUGUCCUCAUGCAAGGCUGCUGAAGAAGCUCUGAGAAUCAGUUUUUUUCUUCUCUCUUUGCUCCUUAAUCCCUCAGAUCGGACUCAUCAACGCUUCAUUACAGCAAAGCUCCUAAAGACAAGAGAAAAAUAAGUGAACGUUUAAUUUCAAGACUUGUCACUCUCUACUAAUACUCUUCACAAUGUCUGGCGAUGAUGCACCUGCUCAGCAGCAAAACGCCGAGGAAACAAAACAAGAAAAUAAACCCAGCGAGGAGCCGAAAGCUGAGUCUAAACCGGAGUCGCCGCCAGUCAGUUCAACCGAGGCUGCAGCCACACCCGCGGCGACCGAGAAGGUACCCGAGGAAGAGCAGUUCACCUACCGCUCUCUGGUCCUUUCCGGCUACGGGGGCUAUGAUAAGGUGAAACUGCAGGUGAAGAAGGGGAAGCCGGCACUCAAGGCCGGAGAAGUCAUGGUGCGGGUCAAGGCAUGCGGGCUGAACUUUGCCGACCUGCUGGCCCGGCAGGGUCUGUACGACCGGUUGCCGUCCCCCCCUGUCACGCCGGGGAUGGAGUGCUCCGGGGAAAUCGAGGCUGUGGGAGAAGAGGUGACGGAUAGAAAAGUGGGUGACAAGGUGCUGGUGCUGAAUCGCUGUGGGCUGUGGCAGGAGGUGGCCGUGGUGCCCGCUACCCACACGUUCCUCAUCCCAGAGGGCAUGACAUUUGAGGAGGCCGCCGCCCUCCCCGUCAACUACAUCACCGCCUACAUGAUGCUGUUUGACUUUGGCAACCUGAGGCCCAACCAGAGCAUCCUCAUUCACUCUGCUGCAGGUGGUGUGGGCAUCGCGGCCACCCAGCUGUGCCAGACAGUAAAGGACGUCACCGUGUUCGGGACGGCGUCGGCCAGUAAGCACGAGACCAUCAGCCAGGGCGGAGUCACGCACUGCAUUGACUACCGCACACGGGACUACGUGGAGGAGGUCCGCAAGAUCAGCCCCAAAGGGCUUGAUAUUGUGCUGGAUCCUCUGGGAGGCUCAGACACCCACAAGGCCUACAACCUGCUGAAGCCCAUGGGCAAGCUCAUUACCUACGGUGCAGCUAACAUGCUAGCAGGCCAGAAGAAGAACCUUUUGGCGGUGGCUAAGAACUGGUACCACCAGUUCUCCAUCCACACGCUCAGCCUGAUCCAGAACAACAAGUCAGUGUGUGGCUUCCACCUGGGCUACCUGGACGGAGAGGUGGAGGUCAUCCUGCAGGCCAUGACCACCAUCCUGGACCUCUAUAGGCAGGGCAAGAUCAAACCACGCAUCGACUCCACCUAUCACCUCGAGCAGGUGGGCGAUGCCAUGCGUAGAAUGCAGGAGAGAAACAACAUCGGCAAGGUGAUCCUCAUCACCGAGCCUAUGCCAGAGGAGGAGAAGAAAGAGGAGCCUAAGAAAGAGGAGAAGAAGGAGGACAAGAAAAAGGAGGACAAGAAGAAGGACGACAAGAAGAAGGAGGACUCCAAGAAGGAGGAUAAGAAAGAAGAGAAGAAGAAGGAGGAGAAAAACGAGGAGAAAAACGAGGUGAAGAAGGAGGAGAAGAAGGAGGAGCCCAAGAAAGAGGAGAAGUGAGAGUGAGGGAUUGAUGGAUGGAUGGAUAGUCAGGCAGGCAGACCAUCGGGGAGCUCUUGUCCUGGGAGCAGGGAUUUGGUUUGGGAGGGGGUGACAGGGCAGGGGAAAUGUGGUAGGGGAGGGUAAGGGAGGUGUGGUGUGUAUGGGUUGGACUUGGGAGAGCGGGGGAUGAGGGUGGGCUUUAUAGACUCAUUGCACAGCAGUCAAUCUGUCAUCCCUACCAUCAUCUCUCAGACCCCUCCCCAGUCCACUCUGACAGCGAAUACUCAGGCCUGGGCCUAUACCCACCCCUCAUCCCCUCUCUCUCCUCUCCCUCACUCAAGCAAGGGUCACUUUAUUUCUGAAUCCCUCACGCUCCCUCAUCCCCAGUGCACCUUAAUGAUAGCCGGGCUCACAAAACAGUUCCCGCCCUCACCUCGCCACCAUGGGAAAAUGACCACUACUAUACGCUCUCCUAUGACUCAUGUUAUAACAGUCUGAAGGUGUUGCCUGUUGAGACCCCAGAGAGAGAGAGAGAGAGAGACACACACAGAGGGACAGUGUGGGUAUAAUGCCCAGACCUGGGGUGCAUCCCUGUUGCCUUGACAACGAUAAUUCGACCCAUUCCAACUCACACAGUGCCCCUCCUCCCUCCAUGUCCCUCUCCAUGUCAACUCCCACUAUGCUAGAUUUCCCUGCGCUGACUUCCACCUGCCACCUCUCCUUCCUCUCCCUCUACUGAGUUCCCCCUACCCUCCCCCUCUCCCUAUGGUAUAAACCCACAGACAGACAGACAGACAGACAGACAGACAGACAGACAGACAGACAGACAGACAGAACCACACCCACCCACCAUCUCACACACGGUCCAGCGUUGUGUUAUGUCACUGUGCAUGAGUCAGUCAGUGUUUGCUUGUCUGUGAUUGGCUAUCAGCUCCCCUGGAGAUGUUUGCAUGGCUGGAGAUGCUUGACUCCAAAGCCAGUGGUUACAGAACUCCCCUGUCAAUCACCACUACCCACUCUUUAUUUAAGUAUAUAAAGAAAGGUUAGUGGCACAUCCCUUAAAUGCCAUGGCACUUCUAGUAUCACACAGCUCCACCUCACAGCUGAGCUCACACUACAUGUCCCAUAAUCCUAGAGGUGACGCACUAGAGACCAGACAAUAGCGUGUGACAGGAUGAAGCUCCAGACAGAGAAUUAAAUGAGCCAUUUGGUCCAGUAUUAAAUAGGGAGGGAGAAAUCAGGGCAUAGUUUUGGCGCUCUGUAGUCACUGAUGUUUCUAAUGAACCAACUAUUGGCAAGCAGCGCACAGUGCCAAUUAGGAGAGAAAAUUGUUUCUCUUCAAACAAGGGGCACAAACACACACACACACACACACACACACACACACACACACACACACACACACACACACACACACACACACACACACACAGGACGAUGUGUUCAAAGAGGCAGUGUUGUGUAGAGACACUAAAACAUUUGAAUGGAGUAAGAUAGAGUGAAUGCCGCCCAGUUCCUUGACAUCAGACCCUGUUCCUCCCCUGGCAUUCCACUCCUUUCACAGUGACCGCUCGCCUGUCGUUCGCCCUGAUCUGAAACAGGGGAGUUUGGAAGGGUAAAAAAAAACUCCUGCUGGUGUGCAUUCUCACCCCUCCCUACCCCUUCUCCUUUCUCUCCAUCUCUCUCUCUCUCUGUGUGGUCGGCAUAGCAACAGGCAACAGGCUCGUCAGAGAUGGCGCUGUGGUCUAUUUCUCAGUCUAUCUGAGCGAGCGAGUGAGUGAGUGAGCAGUAUUACAGAGCAGUAAAGUGUCUCUUGAAACCCUUUAGUAUUAAAGCUGUAGUACAGAGCAGGAAAAUCAGGCUAACAUCCUCGUUACUACACUCUGAAAAUAGUUCUCUUUGUCUCGGUAUAUUAUGAGGACAUUCAAAUCCCAUAUAGUCUGUGUGGGGGUGGCACACCUAGGGUCACAAUCAAUAGUUGGCCUCUCCCAUACGAAUGCACUGCUGUCCCUUGUGGACAUAAUUUAGAACAGCAAGACUGGUUUUCAGAAGUUGAUUAUAGGGCACUCCUUUGUAUCAAUAAAGCAGGGUUUUGUUUUCGACCUCCUCUAAAUGAUAUUGAAUUAAUCUGAUACUCGUUCUUACGUCAGAGAUGAAUUGUCUAUGAUAAACCAUGGACGGAAGCUUAAUCUGUUAUGAGCAGGAGUCCUGCAGUACGGACUUCAAAAUCACCCCACUACUAUCCCAUUUGGAAAGACGUGAGAAUCCAUGCUCUUCACACACUUGCCUGUCUGCCUGCCGGUCUGUCUGUGAAGAGUCUCAGAUGGUGACUAGUGACUUUGUAAAGAAGUUGUUGUGUUAGCAUGAGUGGCCUCCCUCAUGUCGUGUGUCAGUCAUUGUGCGUGAAGAUGUGUGUGUCCUCAGGUCGUUUGUCAGGUUACAAAAAAAGACUCCCACCUGCCCCUCCUCAACCCCGUUACAACCUCCCCUUCCUUACACUCUUCAUCUUCUUCACAGCUGUCUAGCUCUAAUCCUCUCUUUCUCGCUCUCCUCCCCUUCUCUGAUGAGGCCAAUGUUAAGAGGACAGUUGGUAUAGGUAUUUUGCACUCUGCUCGCUGAUCUUAAUGCACUUCCAGGCAUGGCAGUCCCACUCCAGUCCCGCUGUCUCUGAGUCCACUCCGCUCCUUCCCCACUCAGAGAGACCAUACUGGAUCUGCUGAAACUCACUGGAAGUACAGUGGAAGUGACACUUUUGCAUGCAACGUGAAACACAAGCACACUUCUCUCCCUCUACCCUCUGCCAGCUUCUCCUGGGUGGCAGCUCAAAUCAAACCAUUCAUUCAUCCGGGGCUGUGAAAGUGACGACCCGGUGUAGCGGGGACAGCAGUGGGCCUGGGACGGAGUGUGAGUGCCAUGUCGGUGUGGGGAGUGACUGUGUUCUGUCAGGCUCUGGUUAGUGUUCUUUUCUGAUCUGCUGGGCUCCUUCUGUGAACCUGUGGACAGUGUUUCUGUUUUCUGAAUGCCAUGUGAGAAGCUCACGCUUCAGUAAAACGAUGUUUUGCUUCAUGUUUUUGUUACGUUUUUUGACCUAUGUUUUUUGGUUUUGUUUUCCAAGGGGUUUAAAGUUCAAAGUUCAUUCUCUUUACGGUGGGACCUGCCUAACUACAUUCUUUUUCAAUGUGAUGAGCCUUUCUGUUGGGCCUGACCAUUUGUGCCAAACUGUAUGUACUCCUCUGUCAAUGCCUUGCCUACAACGGUGCAUUCAAUGAAAAAGAGAAGGACAAAAUCAUUCUGGGUACUUUUCCGAUGACCUUGUAGAAAAACUAAAACAAUCUGUGUGUGAUUUCUGUCCCAAAUGCUUAUGGGUGCUGAUAGAAUUUUGCUACAGUUUACAGAAGGUUUUAGUCGUUUCUGAUUGGUUGGGGUCUUGCUCUCAUGCCUCGAUCCCAACACACACACACACACACACACACUACCUUGUUGAGAGGCACCUCCCUCCAUAUCCAAACUCCUCACAGUCCUCGCUGAUCUCAGAUCAGUGAAAUGUGUCAAUAGAGUAUUAUCAGGCCUCAGACAUCUACUACAACAAACUGACGCCCACAUCAGUCGACAGGCCUAUGCGUUUACAACCAUACCAUAUAAUCUCCAUAACAGUGAACAGGGCAUGGACGAUUAGGCUGCACAGCAAAGCACACAAACUACAAUCUUCUUAGAAUUGAAACCCCCCAAAAACAUUAAAAGAUAAAUAAAACACCCAUUCAAAAAUAUACAUGACCAGGUGAAUCAUUGAGCGUUUCUUUCAUCCAACCUCUCUCUACUUUAGCUUUGUGAACACCCCCAUACGCCAGUUUCCUGUUUCUCUUAGCCCGAUUCCAAAUGGUUUGUAUGGGAGGAGAGAGAGUGAGGUAGCAGAUGUGUCGGGGAUGUCAUAGCGAGGCCAAUAUUUCACAGCUGCACAGAUAGAAACCCAGCUCUAGGUCUGUCCCAGGCGCAACAUAUCCGCCCGAAAGCCGAUCCCAGUUCACAUACAAGCCCGUUGGCCUCAGACAUUCCACUAUCCUCUAUUGCACCUCGAGAGCUCUUUGGUUCUCGUCAAUUGUCAGUUAGCCAAAGCCCCGGCCUCUCCAUACACACACUCGUCACACCAUACACACACAUCGCAUUAACAUCUGGAAUUAAAUUGCAUGCAUCCAAUGGCAUGUGGUGCAGAGAUUAUAUGUCAUUUGAUUCAGUGUUUUUCUUCCUGUUUGAUAGAACCAAAAGGUCUCUUAGAUGAACUCAGCUGCAGCACACGGGUGGGUGGGUGGGUGUAGUGAGUGGCUAGGGCGUGGGGUGUAACUGGGUGUCAGAGAGGACAGGAUGAAUCCGAUGUUGGCUGUGCCUGAGCCCUAACCCACUCCUCCCAAUCCCGAGCGCCCGAUUGCUUUUCCAGCUUGGCGAAUCUACGUUGUGUGUCAGCUUGAAUUGCUUUUCCAGCCAGACGCACAUUCUUAUGCAAGAGCUCUAAAACCAGAGAUGAUCCAUGAAGAAACUAGGGCAUUUCAUGCAUUGGAAAACAUCACAGCUCCCAGCUAUAUUGUCCUAGCUAACGGGUUUCCUUUGAUUGGCAGUCUUAAUGUCACUGUUUCACAUGGUUUCUCACAGGUCAUUCCAAACAGCUUCCCUUACUCUUUUUCAGAAAUGACUACAUUUGAGUACAUCUGUUCUUCGUUGUUCUCUCUCUCUCUCACACACACUAUAUUGUCCUCCCUUCCAGUCUUAUGUCAAUCGCAGUGCGUGGUGGAGUGUAUUCCUAGUUAGAAAGAUAAUCCCAGUCUGACGAUUAUUACCACAUCCAGAGGCGUACAGCCCCCACCCGUCCACCCCACACACACCCCCUUCCCGAAAAGAAAACCACCCAACCGUUUCUGGCCGUCUCUUGGCUCUUCAUUAGCAAUCACUAAAAACUGUUGCCAUGUGCCAACUGCCGACACAUUCCACGACUCUAUAGGAACGCUGUGAGUGUCUGGUGCAUUUGGCUAGGCUUGUUACGAUGUGUAUAGUACACUCGGAUCGGUGUGUAGGUGACCCGGGAAAAAGGCAUGCGUGUAUAGUUCAUUAUUCCUUCCACUGUAUAGUCUAGUAGUGGCUCUGUGCAGAUGGAGUCCCUUUCCCUUUCCACCCUCAUCAUCACGGUGCCAACAGAAGCCAAAUCACUGCACCUAUACCUGAACCCCCCCCCCCCCCCCCCCCCCCCCGCGCCUCUCCUCACUGCACCCAUUCCCCCUCCUCUUCCCUCAUCUGACACUGUCAAGUCGGCCUCAUAACAAGAUGUACAUGAACCCGUCUAUGGGAAAGCUUCAGAAAAACAGGUCCAUUGUCACUUUCCCGUCCAGACAGCUCAGUUUCCACACACUGUUUACUGUGAGACAGCUAUUCUACCUACACUUGAUUUGUUUGAUCGGUUUUUCGUUCCUUCUCUCCUUCGGUCUAUAGCGUUGUUUUCCCACUCUUCUACUAAGUUGUCUCCACUUUGUUUUUUUAAACCCUUUGAAUUGAUGCUGCUUCUGUGCUUGACUGGGUUUUACUGCAUACGUGGUGCCAUGAUGUCCACAGUAUGGGCUCUAGAGCUUGUAACGCUUCAAUGUGUAAUGUUACCAUAUGCCUUACAUGUUUUCCAGGACUAAUUAAAAAAGCAUAACGGGAAGGAAAAAAAAUA